AUGGCACAAAAUACUUCGCUUCACACGAUACGCGCCCCUCUGCUCGCUCCAUCAUUGCUGCUUCUUGCACUCCAAUCCCGUCAGUAUACUGUGCUGAAAGAAGCCCUCAAAUGGUACCAUCUAGGGCUUAAAUACGUACGGAAGCGAUUAAAACAUUUGGAUAUCAAAGAAUCCGAUGACAGAGAAGAUAAAUUUUUAAUAUGUGCGGCACUUCUCAUGUCUUUCUACGAGAGUCUCAACGACACCAUUGUUGGUGGCUAUGAACAACAUGUGUUAGGUGCUGUUGCAUUGCUACAAGCAAAGGGUCCUGAAAUAUUUGCGAGACCGGAAUAUCAUGGCUUGUUCCGUGCAAUUAGAGGGCAUGCGAUACACGUUUCCCUCACGACAGGCAAUCCGACAUGUCUUGCUGAGGAAGCAUGGUUAUCAAUUCCGUUUUUCCAUUCAUUGAAAUCAAACUCGGAGAAGAUCAAUGAUAUUCUCCUUCUUAUGCCUAGCUAUCUUUUUGAACUGCGAGCAAAGCUUUCGUGCAUUACUGACUUGACCGAGAGCGAACGCAUAAAAAAUGAAUUCAUGCAGAAAUUGAGUCAUAUACUAGAAGCCCUAGAUGGUAUGCAGAUUCCGAUAGCUCAGUUGGAAAACCCAAGUCCUUAUUUUUCAAACAAAUAUUAUACCGACCUCGAUGAUCAAAGUCUCGACUACUACCGUGGUUCGUACAGCUUCAGCACUGCAAUUGAAGCCAAAGAAAUCGCUAUGCAUGCAUCCGCUAGAAUUAUCAUUCUCUGCAUUCUCUCAUCGGUGACCCUAUCCUCUUCUCUAUCUUCCGCCAGCUGCUUUGUUAUUCAAAGCUACUAUGGUGAUGAAGACAUCACCAGAGAAAUUGAGCAAGCUUCUACAUCUAUUCUCUCCGCAGCAAUGUUCCUAUCGCAAGUUGAAAUUGGUUGCGCCUAUGUGCGCAUGGUUCUACCUCUUCAGCUGGUUGCUCAAGUUAGUCGGAAUCACACUCAGCGGACGGCUGCGAGGACGAUUUUGCAAUCAUGGUGGAAAGAGAAGCCAAUCAAGGGGCUGACAGGACUGGCACUGCGAUCAAUUGAUUCUGGAUCUUCUAAUCUACUUGAAAUCCUUUCAGUCUGA